UAUUCUUUCGUUUUUGAAAAGGCUUCUGUAAUAAAUAAAAGGAGUAAUCUGGUUGCUAUGGGCAACUGGUCAACUUUUCCUCAGGUCAUGAUGAAUUCCCAAUGAUCCUAUUGUGAGGUUCAUUAUGGGGCUCACGUUGGUUUCUACCUACUCCUGAGAGUCUAGGGCAGCAUUUACCAACCUGUGGCUUUAUUUAUGGCAAAUCUACAGCUACCAUCAGUUAAAGGUGCUGAGCUUCAAUGUUCUGGAUCUGAAGCUGGGCCAUCAUAUGAAUCAUUACAGAGUGUCUUUGAUAAGAAGUCCUUUCGUCCAACCCUGAAUUAUAGUCGCCCAACUAGUGUGAACAUUUCCUUCACAAUGUAUGCAGUGCUUGGAGUGAAUGAAAAAUCUCAGAUCCUCACCACUUUCCUAUGGCUGCGGUUGUUUUGGCAGCAUGAGUUUUUGACCUGGACCCCUGCAAAAUGUGGAUCAGUUGAGAAAAUUUCAUUGCCAGUAGAGCACAUCUGGACACCAGAUAUAAUUGUCUAUGAAUUUAUAGAUGAGGAUAAGUCCCAGCAAACUCCCUUUGUAUAUGUCAAUCACACUGGGCGUGUGCGCUAUGACAGAAUGCUUAGAGUGGUCAGCUCUUGUAACCUUGGCAUCUUCAACUUCCCAUUCGAUGUUCAGAACUGCUCUUUGACCUUUGGCUCAUACAUGCACACAGUACGGGAUGUGCGGCUAGGGUUGGCCCUUCCUGUGGAACAGAUCCUUCAAAACUCUCUUCAAUACUUGGAGACAAGCGGAGAGUGGGAGCUACUUAGAAUUGAAGGUGGCCCUGAUAUUCUCAAGUUUGGCAUUGAUGAAUGGGAUAUAAUUACAUUCUGGGUAGUGAUCAGACGUCGCCCUGUUCUCUAUGUGGUAAAUCUGAUUAUUCCAAGUGCCUUCCUGAUGUUGAUUGACAUAUUGAGCUUCUUUCUUCCACCACACAGCACUGACCGUGCAUCAUUUAAGAUGACCUUGCUCUUGGGAUACACCGUCUUUCUACUUAUUAUGAACGACUUACUACCAAGCACAGCCAAUGGGACUCCUCUGAUUGGUAUUUACUUCUCAGUUUGCCUUGCACUACUUGUACUCAGUUUGUUGGAGACAGUUAUUAUCACCCAUGUGCUACAUCGAGGAACUCUGCAGAGCGGCUCAGUGCCUUACUGGGUCAGAAGAUUUGUCCUGGGUUUUCUGGCCCAGCUGAUAUGUUACAGUGAUCCAAAUAUUAAUAAUAAAAGCACAUUAUCCAAUAACCAUGUUUUGCCUCCAACUAAUGAAAAUGCAUCCAGACAGCCACCACCCAGCCCCUGCCAUGAUAAAGUUAUCAAUACAGAGCAAAAGAAGUUUGUGCCACCGGUCCUGGAGCUGCUACCCCCAGAGGCCUUGUGUCCAGGUGCAGAGAGGCAACUUGCUCUUAUCAGUCAAAACCUGCGCAUGGUGAGAGAAAUGUUAGAGGGUAGGAACAAUCUGCGGGCACAGGAAGAAGAAUGGAUUCAAGUUGGCUACAUCCUCGACUCAUUGAUGUAUCGCCUGUACUUGAUCUUCAUUGGAUCUUAUGCCAUUAUAAUUAUUAGUGUGUGGUGUGUUUGGUAUAACAUAUAGACUUAUAAGGGAAGCAUUGGGCUGGAGUUCCUAGGGCCCAACAGAGAAAAUGAUUAUUUCAGCCUAACCUCCAUCUAUACAGAACGUGCGUCAUUCUGUUUUUAAUUGAAUUGUAAUCUUUGUUAUCAUUGUACACAAAGGACAUAUCAUCAAUAAAAGGGUUGGGAAUCAACUCAUAAAGCAUUACUGUCAUUAGUUGUAAAAUCUCCAGAAAGGCUUAAACUGGUAGAGUAAUUAGCCCUAAAAUAAUUCUUCACAUCAAAAUGCUUAUUUUAUAUGUGAUAUAUGUUAUUUUCUUCUCUAUAGGGACACUUUUUUCCUGCAUUUUUGGUGGAGGUGGCUGUUCCUUUAGAAGCAUGACAACUUGCUCCUUUCUCUCCCCCCUCUUUCUCCCUAGUCACAUGGGCUGCACUGGAGUGUACCAUGUCCAUAGUAUAGGGUACAAGUCCAAAGAAAUCAAUUCAUUUUGUCCCCAUAAAAACAUAUCAGUGUGUAUGUAAACAAUCCAUUAAGGUAGUACCUUGUAUUGGUGGUCAGUGUGCCUGAAAAUCACUGUACUCCUCGGUAAAUGCUGCAAAUGUUUGCCCCCUCUCUCACACAUGGUUUAGUGCAAGGGGCAUGGAAGUGAGCAGUGCAGGGAGAUAACACCAACACCAAAAAAAAAAGUAUUUAUUUCUAAAGUCAGUGGCGCUUUCAGAAACAGACCCAGGUGCAAGAGACUAUCAAAAAUCAGCUCCAAAUAUUAUCUUCAUCUGGAAUUUUGAGGCCCUGUUGUAUUAGAGCCUGUUAAGUGGGUUCACACUACGUUUUUAGCAAUAUGGGACCGUAUAAGGCUGGGGGGAGUGAAAACCGGGGCGCUCCCGUAUCCCAGCCCUAUCCGGCCUGUAGGUAAUGCAUUUCAAUUCUUAUUUUGGGCCAUUAUACGGUUUUCCCACUGGACCUAAAACAGUGGUAUACCACGUGGUGAACCCAGCCUAAAGACUUUAAUUUGUCAAUAUAUAUAGAUGGUUCUGUCUUGUCACAUACUUAGUAUAGCUCUACUCUUAAAGAGGCACUCCACUUCCCCAGCAUUCAGAACAUUUAGUUCGGAAAGUAGGGUGGGAAAGGGGCUUGAUGGCCAUCACGCUCCCUCCCACAGACUUGCAUUGAGUGGGCAUGGCAUGACUUCACAAGGGGGUGUAGCCGUGACAUCACAAC